GAAAAAUUUCCAAAAUCACCGCGAAGAGCCCAAUGUACCCUUGUCAAGCAGUGGGCUGGGCUUAGCCGGACGGUGGACGGCCCAACUGUAAGCAUUCCGGCAGCGGCCGAAUCUCCGAUCUCUUUACCUCUCUCUUUCUUCCACUUUUGCAGAGAAAAUAUUUGUUUUGUAACCUGGAAUCCAUUCCAUUGUACCCAUCGUUUGGUUUUUGUUAAACGGAACAAUCGAUUGAUCUUGAAGCAAGCAAGUGAUCAAUCAAUGGAAUCAUCAUCAUCUUCUCACCUCGGUUCCCUUCCCGAAGAUGUUUCAGAAAAUCAAGGACAACCCCAGGAGAAUCAGAAAUCGGUCUUCGCCUCCAAGCCCGAUCGCCCUCCGACUAUUUCUUACAGAAAUUCUUCACAGAAGUACUUGCCCCUAGAUUGGCUUGGAUAUUUUGACCAAGAGGAUGAUAUUUCCAUUCCUGACUCAAACGAGGUCUUUCAUGUCUACAUGGCUGGAAAAGAAGGGCCAGUUGUAUUUUGUCUGCAUGGAGGAGGCUAUUCUGGGCUUUCUUUUGCUCUAUCAGCUGGUAUAAUAAAGGAAAAGGCUAGAGUAGUUGCAAUGGACUUCAGAGGACAUGGGAAAUCAUCUUCUGAGAAUGAUCUUGACUUAUCAAUUAAGACUAUGUGCAAUGAUGUUUUGGCAGUUAUAAAGACCAUGUUUGGAGAUUCACCUCCCGCAAUUAUCCUUGUUGGUCACAGUAUGGGAGGUUCAGUUGCUGUACAUGUUGCUGCCAAGAAAGCAUUGCCUAGCCUAGCUGGUUUGGUAGUUGUGGACGUUGUGGAGGGAACUGCCAUGGCUUCAUUGAUUCAUAUGCAAAAAAUCUUAUCCAACAGGAUGCAACAUUUUCCUAGCAUUGAGAAAGCGAUUGAAUGGAGUGUAAAAGGAGGUUCGUUGAGGAAUAUUAACUCUGCCCGUGUAUCAAUUCCAUCUACACUUACAUACGAUGAUUCAAAGAAAUGCUAUACUUACCGAGCAAAACUGGAAGAAACGGAACAGUAUUGGAAGAGCUGGUAUGAGGGGCUUUCAGAAAAGUUUCUUUCAUGUCCUGUUCCAAAGCUUUUGCUUCUAGCAGGAACUGACAGAUUGGACAGAACACUAACAAUUGGUCAAAUGCAAGGGAAGUUUCAGAUGGUGGUCGUCAGACAUACUGGCCAUGCUAUUCAGGAAGAUACACCGGAGGAGUUUUCAAAUCUGAUACUAAAUUUUAUUUCUCGCAACCGGAUAGGUCCACAUGGGGUUGAGAUACCGGGACUUCGCAAACCACAACAGUAACAACCUUCAAAUGAACACGGGAGAAAGAGAUCAUUUGCAGUUUUUUUUUUUUCAGCAUAGAAACUGAUCCAGAUGAUGAGUAAACAUGUUCUAAACAUAGCGGUUGCUUCGGAGUAAAGCUAGUUGUGAGCAAACAGACCAGACUCGCAAGAACCGUUGUCAAUUGAAGCGAUUGAAAUUGCUUUUCUCAGCUUGUGUGAACGAUGAUGAUCUGAUAAGUGUUCUUAUGAAGUCGGAUGGAUUCUGUGAUGCCCCAACCAAGGACUGUAAAUGAGAUCCAAUCAGACUAUAUAUUUGCGAGCCGACGAGAGUAUAUGGCUCAAUUAACAUAAAGUAUGAAUUAUAAACCAAGAGGUCAGAUUUUCGAUUCUCCUGCUUUAUAUUUUUUAACUCAAAAAAGAAAAAAAAUAAAAAUAAAAAUUCAUCCAUGCAACAACCUUUAAUUUUAAUUAAGGAGGAGCUCCCUUCCCUAUCAUUCUCUUCCUUCUUCCUCAUUCAUUUCUUUUGUCUGUUGUUAUUAUAUUAUUGUUUUGUAGCCUUUUCCCCCUCUAUUAAUAUAAUGUAUAUAUCACUUGUGCCCACCCCCUAGCCAGAGAUCGAUACUACUUUUACCAUCUCCUUUCUCUUCCUCUUCUUCAUUCGUUUUCUUGAUACUUGAAAUCUGAUUUAAUACUUCUCUCUUUAAAAUAAACUACUAGUGCCCUUUUCCCUCUCUUCUGCUGCCAUUGAAAUAAAGCAAUACGGAGAUUGAAAGAAACAAAGAGACCCAGAUGCCAAAAAAACCCACAUAAGAACAAGAGUUCAUGGUAAUUUUUAUAUCUUUGUGCCCUCAUUUUUAAGGAACGAGAGUUUGGAGAUUUAUUUUUUUUUCCCAGUUUAUACUCCUAGUGUAUAGAUUUAUACUCAACACAAUCUAAUGUAUCUGAUUCUAAAUACAUAUAUGUACGUACAUGCACGCAUGCACCCACACAAUAUGUGUGUAUAUAUGUAUGUGCACCACCAUUUUCUUC